AUGGCUUCGUUUUUACCAGAUGUUGCGGAACCAAAGCAUGUAAAAAUAUUUGCUGCCCUCGCUGAUGGAAUCCUUCACGACACUUCUCCUGCCUUGAUCAAAGAAGUGGUUGGUGACCAUUUGACAGAAGAGGAAUGCGAAGAGUAUGCUGAAACCUUUAGCAGACCAUCCGAGAUCCCCGAGUUUGAGGAAAGAAUCUUGUUUGCCGUUAAUAACAACACCACAGAAGCAUCACGUUUGUUCAUUAUCUUGAUGUCAGCAUUGGAUUCAAGAAUAAUUGCACCAACUUUAACCAAUUCCAUGAAAUUGGUCAAACAUAUGACUUUAAAAGAACGUGAGGAAUUGAUGGCAUCUUGGCGUGACUCACCUAUUCCAGCCAAGAGAAGAUUAUUCAGAUUGGUACAUGCUUUAACAUUGAAUACUAUGGCGAUAUUGGGUGAUGAAUUACAUUACCAAGCCAUCCGCUACCCAGGUAAAGAAUUGAAAGACAAGCCAUACGAAGGUUUCCAAGCUGACCCAUUUAGAUAUGAUAUGUUGCCCAAACCAGAAUUUGAAGAUGCAGAGUUGCACUUGACUGACAUUGAUGUCAUAAUCAUUGGAUCUGGUGCGGGCGCCGGUGUUGUUGCUCACACUUUGGCCAACGACGGUUACAAGAGUUUGGUUUUGGAGAAAGGAAAGUACUUUUCACCAUCAGAAUUCAACUUUACUGAUAAAGAAGGUCUUGAGACCCUCUUUCAAGGUCACGGAUUGCUCACUUCAACCAAUAAUGAGAUUUUUGUCUUGGCUGGCUCCACUUUUGGUGGAGGAACUACAGUGAAUUGGUCUGCAUGUUUGAGGACUCCAUUUAAAGUGAGAAAAGAAUGGUAUGAUGAUUACGGAUUAGACUUUGCUGCCACGGACUCUUACGACAAGUGUCAAGAUUACGUGUGGAAACAAAUGGGUGCCUCAACCGAAGGAAUUAAACACUCUUUGGCUAACGAAAUAGUUAUUGAAGGUGGUAAAAAAUUGGGCUACGCUAGCAAAGCCAUUGAACAAAACUCAGGUGGCCACCCGGGUCACUCAUGUGGAUUCUGUCAUAUUGGCUGUAAGCAUGGUAUCAAACAAGGCUCUUCAGUCAAUUGGUUCAGAGAUGCAGCCGCAAAUGGCUCCAAAUUCAUGGAUCAGGUAAGAGUGCUUCAGAUUUUGCACAAAAAAGGAGUUGCUGUAGGUCUCUUGUGUCAAGAUGAAGUCACUGGAAGAAAAUUCAAAAUCACCGGUCCUAAGAAGUUUGUGGUUGCUGGUGGUUCAUUAAACACUCCGGUUGUUUUACAAAAUUCUGGAUUCAAAAACAAACACAUUGGUAAAAACUUGACAUUACACCCUGUCACCACUGUGUUUGGUGAUUUUGGUCAAGACGUUGAGGCUGACCACUUUGAUAACUCAAUUAUGACUUCGGUUUGUACUCAAGUUGACGAUUUGGAUGGAAAAGCUCACGGUGCCAAGAUUGAAACCAUAUUAAACACUCCAUUUAUUCAAGCUGCACUUUUACCUUGGAGAGGAAGUGACGAAGCUAGGAAAGAUUUGUUGCGAUACAACCACAUGUGCGCAAUGUUGUUAAUUACUCGUGAUACUUCCACUGGUUCGGUUUCGGCUGAUCCAAAGAGACCUGAAGCAUUAUACAUUGACUACAACGUCAGCAAGUACGAUAGAAACGCCCUUUUGCAAGCGUUCCUUGUUACCUCGGACAUGUUGUAUAUUGAAGGUGCUCAAAGAAUUUUAAGUCCUCAACCUUGGGUUCCAAUCUUUGAAUCAAAGAUUCCAAAGGACAAGAGAUCCAUCACUGACAAAGAUUAUGUUGAAUGGAGAGAAAAGGUUGCCAAGAUCCCAUUUGAUAGUUAUGGAACUCCGUAUGGUUCUGCUCAUCAAAUGUCGAGCUGCAGAAUGUCUGGUAAAGGUCCUAAAUAUGGUGCUUGUGACACCAAAGGUAAGCUCUUUGAGGCAUCCAACAUUUACAUCGCAGAUGCUAGUUGUAUGCCAACUGCUUCCGGUGCUAAUCCAAUGAUUUCUACAAUGGCUAUUGCUAGGCACGUUGCACUUGGCUUGUGUGAUGAUUUGAAGACAAAGGCCAGGUUCUAA